AUGUCAAGAGUCACUGGCUUAAAGAGUGAUAUAGCAGUCCUCAGUAACUCAGAUAAUGACAACAAGAACUGGAAGAGUCUUCUAAAGACAGCAAAAACCAAUAAAAUUCAAUAUCCAAGUAUCAAUAAUGAUCUAUUAAAACAACACUUCAAUCCUAAUACAAAUAUUAUACCAAUGGAGAAUGCUUUUGCAGGUUAUAGAAUUUGUAAGAAUUGUGGGAAACCUAUUUUGUUAAACUCAAUAAUGGAUCACAUACAGAACCAUUGUCCUGGAUCUACUGACGGUGGGACAUCUAGUAGUAGCGCAAGUACACUAGUCGAUAGGGAUAGUGCAUCGAAGACACUACCCGGCACCGAUAAAGAGAACCAUUCUACAUCUACGAAUGGGUUCUCCGUGGGUAGUAGUAAUAGUAUUGGGAGCUCUCAAAAUUCUACAAAAAACAGUAUAAUACAAUCAAAUUAUAAUUAUAAUGACACAAAUAAGGUAGGAUCUGCAAAGAAUAGCAAUAGAAGGGGUGACGAUGACAACGACGACGAUGAUGAUGAUGACGAAGACGACGAAGACGACGAAGACGAUGACGACGAAGACGAUGACGAAGACGAUGAUGAUGAUGAUGACGAUGACGACGACGAUGACGAAGAAGAUGAUGAUGACGACGACGAUAUAAAUUCUUCGAUGAGAAGUUCAUCUUCAGGUAAAAAGAGACCUCCACCUACACCAGGUGAGUCACAAUCUUAUACAAAGAAAGCCAAGAAUCACAAUAAGAAGAGGAAACAAAGAAAUAUCAAACAAAGGAAUCCAACUGACAAACAUCUAAUAGACUUUGAUAAACAAUGUGGUGUUGGUUUACCAGAAGGUGGAUAUUGUGCUAGAUCGCUCACCUGUAAAUCGCACUCCAUGGGCGCUAAAAGAUCAGUGGAGGGUAGAACAAAGACAUUUGAUGAAUUACUGGCAAAUUACCAUAGAGAGCAUCAAACGAAGAUUGGUGCAGCAGCAGAAAAACGUGCCAAACAACAAGAGCUACAAAAGAUACAGAAAGCACAACUAAAAGAACAAAAAGAACAGAAGAAAUUGCUUCAACAGAAACAGAGACAAAUACAGAAACAAACACGUAAUAAAGAAAAAAGUACAAAUGCUACUAGGACAAAAUCUUCUUCUAAUGGGAAGUCAAAUGCAUCAAAAUCUAUAAAUAAUUCCAUUCCUACCCUAACUCCAGAGGAGGAGACAACACAAGUCUUAAAUGGUGUUUCAAGGUCAUUUCCAUUGCCAUUAGAGACUUCAGUAUUAUCUUCAACUAGGGUCAGGACCAAGUAUAUCCGAAUGAGGGAAAUGUUUGCUUCCGCAUUUUCGGUAAAACCUGGAUUUACCUCCCCUGGUUAUGGCGCCAUCCAUUCUCGUGUCGGUUGUUUAGACAUUGAUAGAACUACUGAUUAUAAAUUUCGUAUCCGUAUCCCUCAACCUGUUAACCCAGUAUCAGGAACUUCUAAUCUCACCCCACAACAAAUACAAAAAUUACAACAACAUCGUAUGCUACAGGCACAAAUGUUGGCAAAACAACAACAGGCUCAAGGACAAAAUCCUAACCAACAAUUUCCAGUUUCAACAAAUUCAAAUAAACUACCGAACCCUGCCCCAAACCCUGUUACAAAUAAAUUACCUACAGAUAAUAUUUCACAAGAGAAAGGACUGACACCUCAGGAGAUUCAACUCCAGCAACAAAAAUUGCGUCAACAACAACUUCAACAACAGAAAUUUGAGGCUGCAGCUUUCCACCUUGCAAACGCUUCAAAAUUGAUGCAAAACACAAGUAAUGGUGGAUCGCCCGCUUCGAUAAAUAAUGGUAGCCCAGAACAUGACGACGGCUUGUCCAAUAAACAGAAUUCUCAGGCUGAGAGCCCCAAUAGUGGUAGAGUUAAUAUUGGACUUGGUAAUCAAGUAAAUAAUAAUGGGGGUAGAGUUAAUUGA